CAAACUACCACCAGUCUGACAGCAUCGUCAGCUCGGUAACGGUCAGAAAUUUGAAACAGUGUCCACGUGUCUGCAUUCGAGAUAACUUCGUCCUGCGGAAAAUCACAGCUCAGCAAUCCCCGAAAAAUUCCGCUGCGAUAAGAAAUUGGGGGACACCUGCAGCCACUUGAAUUCAAAAUCUGUAUUCAGUUGAUAAGACAAACGACUGGACAAACUAUCUAGAAGAUGUGGUACAUUCUCGCAACAAUAAUAAUAUCUCUGGUGAUCUUCGUCAGUUUGAAAGACCGGAGAAAAUUGAAUCUUCCGCCAGGACCACUUCCUCUUCCGGUACUCGGUAAUCUCUUAUCAAUAGACCCGGUGAACCCUCAUCUGAGUCUAUCAAAACUGGCUCGGAGAUACUCUGGAAUAUGCGGCCUCCGGAUGGGCUCUGUUUACACAGUUUUAUUGACGGAUCCUAAACUCAUUAGGCAGGCCUUCGCUAAGGAUUCCUUCACCGGAAGAGCACCUCUCUACCUGACCCACGGGAUAAUGCAGGGAUACGGUAUCGUCUGCGCGGAGGGUGAUCACUGGAAAGAACAACGAAAAUUCGUGUCCUCGACCUUGAAGAGCCUGGGGAUGAUGAAGCACGGGGGUAAGAGAGAAAAACUAGAGGAGAGAAUCACGCACUCCAUUUCCGAGCUGCUUACGAGACUCAAGGACACGGACACGGUUCUAGGAGUUGAUCCUCUGGAGAGUCUCCAUCACUGCCUCGGGAACCUCAUCAAUGACCUGGUGUUUGGACAGACUUAUGGGGAGGAUGAUGAGACCUGGAAGUGGUUGAGGCACCUGCAGGAGGACGGGGUCAAGCAUAUUGGAAUCGCUGGGCCCCUCAACUUCCUGCCUUUUCUGCGACACCUCCCCAGGUACAAGAACCUCAUGAAGUUCUUGAUUGAUGGGAAAUUAAAGACACAUCAAGUCUAUAAAAAAAUCAUUGAGAGUGACCAGGAAGGAAAGGAAAGUUUCGUGUCGAUUUUUGCAGAAGUGAUGAGGAAGAGGAGUUCUAAUAAUGAAGACCUGGGGUCUUUUACAGAUCAGCAGUUUUAUCAUCUGCUUGCGGAUCUUUAUGGAGCUGGGGUGGACACAACGUUGACGACGAUCAGAUGGUCAUUGUUGUUCCUGGCGGCUCAUCCUGAGGACCAGGAGAAGAUCCAUGAGGAGAUGGUGGAGAGUCUGGGGGAGAGAGAGGUUGUUCUGGAGGACAGGGGAAGGUUGGUGUACCUGGAGGCUAGCAUCUGCGAGGCUCAGAGGAUCAGGAGUGUUGUUCCUUUGGGAAUUCCGCAUGGAACUACAGAGGAUACGACACUAGGGGACUUUGAUAUACCCAAGGGAACGAUGGUGGUACCUUUUCAAUGGGCAAUUCACAUGGAUGAAACAUACUUCGAGGACCCUGAGGUCUUCAGACCCACCAGAUUUAUCUCAGACGAUGAGUUGAAGAGACCUGAAGCGUUUCUUCCGUUUUUGACAGGAAAGCGGAUGUGCGUUGGGGAUGAGCUUGCUAGGUGGAUUUUAUUUUUGUUUGUUGGCAGAAUUAUUCAGAGAUUCAGAGUUUCCUUACCUCCGGGUGAAAAGGUCGACUUGAUUGGAGAUUGUGGAAUCACUCUGGUACCAAAACCACAUAAAUUAAUUUUUUCCGAACGUUAAUGACACUUUUUAUCUAAUUCGAUUAUAAAAACACACAACCGAGACAUUUUGCACUAGAGAUAUUUCUUCCUAGAACAUUUCACUUUUUUAAAAUAAAUGAUUAAUUGAGAUUUUUCAAGUAAUCGAAUUACGGAGGCAAUCCCUUUCAUUACGGUUUGCAAAAUGAUUUUUAGGAAGAGAUUGAUUAACAACAAAAUUACGAUUUUAUAUUACUCGCUGCAUUUUAUGGUGCACACUUAUUGUAGAUGAUAUUUCACUGGUUUCCAAUGAUAUGUUUAACAAAUAAAGGAAUUUUUAGUAUGGAAUUAAUUUCUUUUCUCAAAUAAACGAAUUUACGCACCG